CCGCGUUCUCCUUCGAAAUUCGAAUCAAAAUCCGCGCAAAAAAAUUGCUUUUGAUGAAAAAGAGAAAAAUUAGUUCAAGUAUUUCGUUUAGUGAGUGUUUUAAUAUAAUUAUUACGAAUGAAAUAUGAUUUUAAUCGCGUUUAAAUUCCAAUUGUAGUCAGCGUUGAAGAAAAAUCCUUCCAAAAUGAGCAUACCAGAGCCUUCGGCCGAUCAUCUGAAUACUCUGCGUAAAUACUUCGGUCACACUCAAUUCAGACCGAUGCAAUGGAAAAUAAUCCAUUCUCUACUCGAGAAAAAACAAGACAACUGCGUAGUGAUGGCGACUGGCUACGGUAAAAGUUUAUGUUACCAAUAUCCCGCAGUUUACCGAAACGGAUUGUCGAUUGUGAUUUCACCUCUGAUAUCUUUGAUGCAAGAUCAAGUUCUUUCACUACAAAUGUCUAAUAUACCAGCGUGCUACUUCGGCAGUGCUCAGACUGCUAGAGCUAAAUCACUACAAGAUGUACUUCGUGGUGAUUGUCGUGUAUUGUAUAUUACUCCCGAAUGGUUCAUUUCCGAUGGUAAUCGCGAACUACUACUGAAAAUAGAACGAACCGUGAACAUAACGUUGAUAGCGAUCGACGAAGCUCAUUGUGUCAGUCAAUGGGGCCACGAUUUUCGACCUUCUUACCGGCAACUUGGAAACAUCAGAAGAAUAAUCAGUAACGUUCCUAUACUGGCUGUGACCGCAUCUGCGACUCCUCAAGUUAAACUAGAUAUAUGUAAAUCGUUGAAUUUAAGGAACGCUCAAGUCAUCUGUACCGGAUUCGAUCGUCCUAAUUUGUAUUUCGCCGUAUCUACGAAAACAAACGACGUAUUUCGUGAUAUAGAAAAACUGCUCGUUCAAGGAAAAGGAUUCACGUAUAAAUUCCCCGGACCGACUAUAAUCUAUUGUCCGACGAAAAAAGCGACAGAAAAAGUAGCCGAAGAUUUGAACUCUCAUGGAAUAAGAUGCGCUCCAUAUCACGCUGAUUUAUCACUCAAGACCAGACAAUCGGUGCAUGAGGAGUUCGUUAAAGAUCAGUUACCGGUCGUUGUUGCUACAGUGGCUUUUGGAAUGGGAAUCGAUAAACCAAAUGUUCGAUGUGUGAUACACUACGGUGCUCCUAAAGAUAUAGAAUCAUAUUAUCAAGAAGUAGGCCGAGCUGGACGCGAUGGGUUACCUUCAACUUGCCACGUAUACUUCGCUGACUCGGAUUUCUCCUUACAGAGAUACUUCACGAAUACCGGUUCGACAAACGCUAGCAUUCGAGAUCACCGCGAAAGAAUGGUCAGACUGAUGCAGCAAUACUUACAAACACGAGAAUGUCGCCGGCAACUGUUGCUUUCGUACUUUACCGAAACUGCUCCCGAUUUACCGACAACUUUGAGCGCCAAUUGUUGCGAUAAUUGCGCCAGGCAACUGAGAACGGGUAAAACUUCGAAACCUCAGAUAAGCGUUGUAGAGGAAGCGAAACUUUUUCUUCAAGUGAUGGAACUAUUCAAUGGCCGAUUUGGAUUAGGAAUUCCGAUUAAAUUCAUACGUGGUAUGAAGGAUCCGAAGAUUUACGCUUCUUAUUUAAACAAUCCACUUUAUGGAAGCGGUAAAGCGAAUUCAGAAGUAGCGUGGAAAGCUCUAGGACGAUUAUGCUUGAGAGACGGUCUUUUGAAAGAGAUCUCCUGUAAUUCGGGAUUCGGUGCUAGAAAACCAACUUUCUUAGCUAGUACAGUCGCAAUUACGGAAAUUGGCAAAAAAUUCAUUACCAAGGGAGAAGAUUGUGGUGUUAAAUUGAUACCGACUGCUGAGAUAGAAAUGUUAUUCAAGAAAAAGCCAAAGUUACCAAUAGAAACUGACAGACCUGGCAGCAGCGGCGGAUCUUCGGAAGUUAAUCAGAAAAGCAAACAGGUCAACAAGGAACGAGAACAGCAAGCAGCUUUAUUCAGUGUUUUGAAAAGAUUACGAGAUGAAUUGGCCCAAGAUUAUAAUUGUUCGCCUCAUAUGAUCGCUACCGAUAUCGCUCUUCAUAAAAUCGCUACUCAAAAGCCUUCAACGAUCGCCGAUUUGGCUCAAAUCGGUGAAUUUAACGAGGCAAAAUUGCAAAAAUUCGGCAAUCAUAUUAUUCAGAAAGUACGCGAAUUCUGUGGCCAAACCACCGAUCCGGAUUUCGUUAAUCAAAUUCAAUUCGAAGAUGCCGACGAUUUCGAUAAUAUUAAUCCCGAAUUUUUCGAUAACAUGCCGGAUUACUCCAAAACCCAGGUCAGCAUUAAUCAGUAUCAAGCCGAAGACGAUCCUGAUUCGAUGGAUUUCGAAUUCCCAGACGACUCUGAUUUCGUUCCAAACCAUUCAACCACCGAUAACUACCUGCCUGCAAACCGAACAAAUACUAACGUAAUCUCGAAAUACCCAACGAAUCACAACCACAACCAAGACAACGAUCUGACUGAUUUCGAAGACGAUUCUCUCAGCACCGGAAAAUCCACCAACUUUGUUCCUUCAACCAGGCCGAAUCAAACAAAGAAAACGAAUAUUAAUACGAGAUACGGUGCGAAUUUCUACGACGACGAUGACCUGACAGAUUUCGAAGACGAAUCUAUCCCUGCAGGAAGAUCUACAACUUACGCUCCUUCUUUCCGACCGAAUCUACAUAGCAAUAUCAACGUCAAUUCGAAUAACACCGAAGACGAAGAUCUGACUGAUUUCGAAGACGAUAGAAAUCCUGCCAACAAUCGAGUCGAAUUUCCUUCCGGUGACGACGACGAUCUCGAAAUACCAGAUAUGGAACCAUCGUCGAAACCUGCCUCAAAACCACAACCAGUAAACAUCGACGACGAUUAUUGGGGUAAUAUUAGCGACGAGUUAUUCGAAAGCAUUCCUCUGGAUCAGCUUUCCCAAACGACCAAAGAACCAACGCCUCCUGUUCCUCAGCAGCCUCCAACUCACGUACCUGAUCAAAGAGUUACUGCGCCUCCGGAAGUGAAAAGGGUCAAAUUUAAUCCUAAAAUCCAAUACGAUACCGAUUCAGAUGACGAUGAUGUUAGUCCUAUUGGAAAUAACGCUGCUGCUUCGUCAAGUAGUCUCAAUACAUUCAAUAGCGGUUCUCUUAAAUUAGAAAUGCCUGCUUGGUUAACGAAACCGACUGCGAAAGAUGAGAUUAAGAAAAGAGUCAAGAGUAAUUCGUUGUUCAAGAAGUAAACGACGUACAGUUUUUAAAAUCCAUUCGUGUGAUAUUAUUUAUUUAUUACCUAUUAAUAUUAUCGUUCCCAGUGUUGUGUUUUAAAUGUGUUCAUUUUGUUGUAGCGUUUUAUUCGUAUUUAUUUAAGAAUUCCAUUUCUCGAAGGUCAAUUAUUACGAGUAUUUAUUUUUUACUCGCCUAUAAAAGGGCACUUGUGUUGUGAAUGUUUGUUCUUCUUCGUCUUCUUCGACAAAUUCUCGUGUUGAAAUUGUUUUUACUCGUAGUUAUGUGUACUUCAGGUUAUUUCAAAUCAACAAAAAAAUACUUACAUUUUUAGCCAAUAAAAAAAUUAUUUAUUAUUUUCA